CACAGUCUCCUUCAUCCAUACUGUGCCAGAUCAUCCCGCCACAUUGACUCCUGUCUCCAUGUUUACGUUGCAACUCAGCUCUUUAAUCACCUUCUUACCACGGAUGGUUUUUUGACGAUGGUUGAAAACGAAACAACCUGAGGACACCGACACGCCCAAAGCGCAGAAAAUGAAGCUAAAAGGGAAGAAGAGAUUUACGAUAGCCUCGAUUUUGUAAAGAGGUGGGAGUUGAUGUGGGGAAACAUUCGAAAUAUAAUGGGAACACCAUCGGAACAUGAAACCUCCGGCCUACAGCCACUGCUGGGCAUUGGGCUUCGACCCAUGCUCCAAAAAGACGUGGUGGGUGGUUCCGAAAGGACAAAGAUGGGAAAACCGGGAUGAGGACUUGUGAGAGUUGGAAAGUGACAUUAUAACUCACGCCCAUUCGGAGGAAGAUCGUCCAAAGUUCUUCCAUCGCGAGAGGCCAAUUAUUCUCUAUCUCAUGUCUCUUCGCAGUUCGCAAAUACUUUCCCGAUGGUUAAGGUUUCAUUGUGGAGAUGUCAAACACCUUGAUCGAAACUGGAAUCAAACACACAGAUUAAAGUUCUGAGACAAGAGAGAAAGCCGAGGUGGGUGAAAGGGGCGUGUGAGAAAUUAAAGGCACUCAACGCAGGUGCACGGACAGGGAUGACGAAAGAAUCUCACCUUAUUCACACAUCCACCAGCUCCCACAGCUUCUCCACUUUCCCAAUCCCCUUCACAUCCCUCUAGGCCUCCACCCACCUCCCGGCCAAGUUGCCAGUCCACUGGAUAAAACCGACUCUUCUUCUCUCAACGAAACAUCGAGCCCGAAACAUAAAGAUCCACCCUUCAAAAACCCCUUUCCGCGUUUUGCAGAAGGAUCACCGGACUUCCUCUCAGAAGAAAAAUGUAAUGGAAUGAUGCACAAGGCACAGACACGGGGUGUGCAUCAUGUCUUAUUUGGCUGACUCUUACAUCUUUCCCUGGCACUUUCUUUUGCCGACAAAGCGAAGAAUUUCUCGAAGAUUGUCCAUCUUGUCAUCAUAUUAUUCUAUCAUCUUUUCAGACACCUCUCAUUGUCGAUAUACACACAUGAACACAUCACACAACUGUGAACCUGAAACUGACAUCGUACAGCCACACCAUGCUGUUACGCUGCCUUUCAAACCCGAUCCUCUUUAUCCAAUCCUGUGCAUCUUUGUUGUCUGCUGCUUUUUCCUGUUUCCCCCGUUUCUUUCGUUGUUUGUAUGUCUACUAUCUCAACCGAAGAAGGUCCCGUUGAAGGCGAUAACACCGCUGUUUACUGUUGAUCAACUUCCGAAAGUCAUCUCUCCAUCGCCCGCCAUGCGAUCCCCUUUCCAUUCAAUCUUCUUCUCUCACAAAUCAUCUCGCCCACCGUCUCCAUCUCCACAACAUCAACGCCAGCACCCAGCUCAUCUUGGGUGUCCAUCUACCUCUUCUUCACCGCCACUUGUCCCACCACAAUUCCCAUUUGAACUUCCAUUGUCAGUCAACAGCAAUAUGGGUCAAGUUAACGGUCGAAUCGAGCUUGAAACUGAGGGUCAAAAUCAUGGUAGCAAGAAUAGCGGUGAGGAAGGUGGGGGAGGGAGAGCUAGCGAUAACACUUCGAAACCUGCAAUGAUUACCCCAACUUCUACUUGUGCAUAUCAUCAAGGACCUCAUACUCAACCCCCUUUGCCAGAAUUUUAUUGCCCUCCCCAUUCCGCACCUGUCAUCACCUCCAACUUCCAUAACACCCCCCUUCAAGCCAUUUCUGCAACGAGCACAAAUAAAUCCAUCGGCCUUAUCCGGUCUUUCUCGCAAUCACAGCGUUCACGUUCACGCCAACAUCGUCGAGCGGAUACAGUUAGUACUCCCACAGCUAUCACCGCCGGUAUCACUUUUGUGCCUUCCUCUUCUGGAGAGAAUGAUAUGAAGGUAUGCAGGGUAGACAAGCCAAACAAGGUAGGAAGAGCAGAAAAAGACGAACGGGUUGAGAGGGUCGAGAGAAUCAAUGACAAACAAGAGUUAAAAGCUUUCGAAGCGAUGGUGAUCGAAGCGGAGACAGAAGUCGGCAUCCAUAUCCGUCAAAACAAUCAGGAUCAUGACGGACAAGGCGUUGGACCAUUGGAGGGCAGUACAUGGAGCAAAGGAUUUAGGCUUGGAAUGGGGAAGGGAAAAGGUACAGAAAGUACGACUAUGAUUGGAUACAAAAGAUCUUUGGCCACUGCUCCUCAUGCUACCGCUUCCAGAUCUCCACCGUCUACUUCAACAAUCCGCCAAACUAUUCCAUAUCCCAUCUCUUCCUCCAUUACUCCUCUUCAUCUUUGCCCUUCUUCAUCAUCACCCACCUCUCCUGGCUUCUCCCCCGAUUCACAUUCUUCGACCCACUCGUACUCCUUGGGGAAACGAGCUGGCACUAAAUCCGCUCGAUCUGGAUCUGUCAAAUCUGCUCGACGGGCUGAGCGCGAAUGGCGUGCAAAGGUUGCUGCCCUUUCCACCCGCGUCGGCGCUGGUGGUGUGGGGGGGAACGGCGCAAGGGGUGGAGGUGAGGGAAGCCCUUGUGCUUUGAAAUAUAGAGCUUUGUCCGACAAUAUUUCCGGCCAUCAACAUCAACAGCAUUACGACCGUGAACGAGAACGAGGCAAAAGUCCAAAUAACUGGCGAAGAGGACCCGUCCCGCCCAGGAGGUCGACGACACCCGCUCCUGUUCCUUUGUCGAGCCUUGGUGGGAGGAUGGUACCCACGCUCCCUGUAUCGUACCCCAACUGGACACCGAGUCCGGAUCACCGUUCUUUACCUUUUAAGUCUGUAACUCAACAAUUGAAACCACAAACACAAACGUCUUCCAUUAUUCAUACACCUACCUGGGCACCUCUCCGCGACUCGGUCUCCAUAUCCAGUCCCAAUGCCCAUUCUGGCACUUCCAAACCAUUCCCAUUCACCACUUCCGCCAACUCCACCAAUCUCGCCCUCCAUGCCAACACUGACAGCAACUCCACGGCUAAUCUUAUCAUCGCCAAGUCCAAACUUGGUCGAAAAAGCUUUGAAACACUAGGUCACUACACUCCUUUCGCCCCGUCCUCUCCUCCUUCCUCUUCUCCCUCGCCUUCUGCGGCCGACCUGCCAGCACAGGCUCAGGAUACUGGGAAUGACGAUGAUAACUGUCUCGGGAACGGUGAAGGAGAUGAAAACGGGUUUGAAAAUAUAAAUGAUUCAGGGCACGACGUGCAAAUCUCCGUAUCCCGCUCUGUUUCGAUCUUUUCCAUGCCAUCAACCAACGGACAGGAAUUAGACGCUAAGGAGAGGGAGAGGGGCAGACAAGUGUCUGUUGCGGCAUCUACAUUGCUAGCGCUCGAUGGAGCCGGGAGGAAGGUUAUUGAAGAUCAGGAGCUGAAGAAUGAGAUGGCAGAGCAGAAAGAAAUGGUGAAGCCAAAAGUCGUAGAUGGAGAUGAAAAUGAAAAUGAAAAUGAAGACGAGAAAAAAGAUGACGAUGACAUCCGGGAAAAGAAGCUUGUUAAUGACAGCGAGGAAGAGGAGGGCAAGAAGAAUACGGCAUCCCAACUGCUUUCAGCCGAGGUCACUGGCUCUCCCGCCUCUCCGCCUAGUGCUCUUACUCUCACCGAGCCUGCGAAACCGUCUAUACCAACCACACCAAUCCGCGUUACUCAUACCACUUCUGCAGCUCUUAUGCCAGCAACACCCAUCCUAUCCACAUCAACAACGUCCUCAUCCCCUCCUACUCCUUACUCGCCCGUCACCUCGUAUAUCCUCUCUGCAUCUCUUGACCAACUUGGCUGGAGUCGGGCUAUCAUCCCUGGAUCUGGUCUCGGGUUUGGAGGUGGGCUCGCAGAUGGGCUUGGGCUUGAAGAGAAGCUUAGAAGUAAAGAGGGGGUAGCGUCCCUUUUGCGUGUUGAUCCUAAUGUAGAGCCAAACAAUAUGAAGAGGACAGGGAGCUUCAAGGCAAUCAAGGGUGUGGAAGUUCGGGGAAAAGAAAAAGAGAAGGAGAAAGAGCCGAAGACGCCAAUCAGACCUCGACACCCGUUCACCUUAGGAAAGCAAGACUCGCCGGCGCCGCCUACACCACCUAGCAAGUCGCCUUUACCUGGUGAAAAGAUCAAGAUUGGAGGAGAUCAGAAGCAUGAUGGAAACGCAAAGGAAAGCGCUUUGUCGAAUACAAUAGUUCGGCAAUUACCUAGUCGUCCUGUGCCAGCCCCUCCGUCCGCAAAUUCAAUUUCAACUCCGACUUUCGUCUCAAACAGUCUUCCGACCUCUACUGUACCCUUCACUUUCUCGUUUUCCAAAGAAACUACUGUUACCGCAUCCAUCUCUCCUCGAGCAAACGUGGCUUCAUCAUUCCAACCCAAUAACAACACCAAAAAUAGACCAUCCAGCGCCGCGAGCCGUCGCACCCUCACUGCUCUUCAACCUUGCCGAAACCUUCCCUCACACUCUGCUCGUUCACCGCCUAAGCACUUUAACAAAGAUGGCGGUUUCUCUAGAGCUAAUUCCAGUGUCACCUCUAUAAAAACGGAUGCAGUGGGUACAAGAGAUAAAUUCCCCCUUAUGAAACGUUAUGCUCGAGGUGGAAGGGGUGGGGUGGAUUUGACACCUGGGAUGGAGAGUGGAGUAAGGCCGCCAAAGAGUGGGCUGCCUCGAAGUGAUCUCGAGAGAUGGCUGGCAAGCACGAGUAUUAAUUGAGCACGAACGCAGCUGCGAGUGCGGUGUCGAUAUAAUUUUCCGCAAGACUUUGUGUUGUUCUAUUUUGGCGUUCAAGAGGAAAGAAGGAACGAACGUGAGAAUGGGGGAGGAAAGAUGUGGUGACAUUGGACCAAGGGCGUUGGUAAAUAUGUGCGAAGAAAGACCAACAAGAUGAACAUAUUUGACUAGACGAACAUGGGUGAGCCUCAAUCAAUUAAGUCCAUAGCGACUUUGGGUUUGCCGAAUUGUACGUAAAUACUGUUUGAUAGAAUAUUUAUACAAAGGCUUUCCCAUGAGGCUCUCCGUUGCUCGGGUUUAUUAGAGCUUGAAAUUGUAGAUCCAAAGUCUCUCAUCUCCAUUUAAAUCACUCAUAAUUAAAUAAUAACCGUAAAUCAGCACGUUAAUAUGUUCAGGUGCAAAGUUCCACAACCCAAACAAAACAACACCUAUCAUGCAUUUUCGCUCAUUUAUUCGAUGUCGAUCUUUUCUGCAGUAGAUCUACCGAUAUUUUGACCUAACAAGGAAAUGCGGCCCCUUGCCCGACCAUGACCAUUUUCAGGCUGUGACGAAGAGGCUGAGGAGGGGAUAUUCAGCGCAAAGCAAAUAAUGCAAGGCGAAACUGCUCAUGUUUAACAGGCAAUGAGGAUUUUACCCCUCAGCAACGUCUUACUGAAGAAC